AUGAAACUAUUCUGGUUUGAACAUCCAUCUGUUAGAGCAAUAUGUGCAUUUGUGUUGUUUACAAUUAUAGCAAUGACUAUUGGCAUAAUUACAGUUUGUCUCGGUCUUCCAAAACGAUCAGAUGAAAAAUGCCAAAUCCAAUUCAAACGAACUUCUCAAACUGUAAUUAUACAUGAUUCUCUUCCGCUACAUGUGGCUAUUGGGGAUUUUAACAACGACACUAAUUUAGAUCUUGUAAUUGCUAAUUCUGGUACUAGCAAUAUUAGUAUUCGUCAAGGUUAUGGUAAUGGAACGUUUUCAUCGGAAAUUACUUAUUCAACUGGAUUUGAAUCUAGUCCAUAUUGGGUCGCUGUUGAAGAUUUCAACAAUGAUACAUUACUUGACAUUGCUGUUGCUAAUUAUGGUACUCAUAAUAUAGGCAUAUUUCUUGGACAUGGUAAUGGAUAUUUUUCAGAUCAAUUAACAUUUUCAUUAGGCUCUUCUCGUCCUGUAUCAUUAGCCAUUGGAGAUUUCAAUCAAGACAAACAAUUGGAUAUUGCUGUAAUUAACAAUGGUACUUUUGAUGUAGUUAUACUACUAGGUUAUGGUAAUGGGUCCUUUCAAAUACAUACAUCUUAUCAUAUGGGUUAUGAUUCAAUGCCAUAUUCGAUUGAUGCUGCUGAUUUUAAUAAUGAUCAACAACUUGAUCUUGUUGUUGUUAAUUAUGGUACUAGUGACAUAGCUUUACUGUUAGCCACUGGAAAUGGCACAUUUUCAAUUAGAAAAUAUUCAACUGGAAAUGGUUCUCAUCCAUGUUCAGUGGCUACUGGCUAUUUUAAUAAUGACUUUUAUAUUGAUAUUGCUGUUGUUAAUUCUGCUACUGAAACGAUUAGUAUACUUGUUGGAGAUGGACAUGGAACAUUUAUAACUAAAGCAACAUAUCCAACUGGUUUCCAAUCUAAUCCACAGUUUAUUGCUGUUGGUAGGUUUAGUAAUGAUAAUGCAAUUGAUAUAAUCGUUGCAAACUCAGGAAAAGACAAUGUAGCUGUACUCGAAGGAAAUGGAGAUGGGACAUUUUCCACUAAAGCAACCCAUUCAACAGGAUAUAAUUCCAAUCCAUGUUCAUUAGCCGUUGGCAUUUUCGCCAAUGACAAUAUGUCAGAUCUUGUUAUCGUCAAUAAAAAUAUUAAUUCUAUUCUUAUACUUAGAUCAUAUACUAUGAAUCUCACUGCAAAUCAAACAAGGUAUUCAAUGGAUGAAGAGUCCUUUCCGAAAUCUAUCGUUGUCGAUGAUUUCAAUAAUGACGCAAAACUCGAUAUUAUAAUUACCGACACCAUUGAUAGCAGUGUUGAUUUAUUUAUAGGAUAUAGUAAUGGCACUUUUGAAUACCAAGAGGCUUUUUCGACCUUAGAAGAUAAAGUUACUCCUUAUUUGAUUACUGUUGGAGACUUCAACAAUGACAAACAACCUGAUAUUGCUGUAUGUAUGUUGUUGAUGAAUGAAGUACGUAUUUAUUUAGGAGACGGCCAUGGUUAUUUUGAAAAAGGAUAUAUAUACUUAGCUGGCAACCGCUCAAUACCAUCUUCAAUUACUACUGGUGACUUCAAUAAUGAUAGAAAUCUCGAUAUAAUUGUAGCCAAUGAUAUUGGUGAAAAUGUAGCUAUUUUGCUUGGAUAUGGUAAUGGAGCCUUUGCACAAGCAAUAAAUUAUCCGACUGGAUAUUAUUCUCCGUUAUUUAUCUCUGUAGGUGACUUUAAUAAUGACAAUUUGUUGGAUUUUGCUUCUGCUAAUUAUGAUAGUCAUAAUCUAAGCAUAUAUUUAAGCAAUGGUAAUGCAACUUUUCAAAGUCCCAUUCCAGUGUCGACUAGCAUUUACUAUGCAAAAUUUCUUACUGUUAGAGACUUAAAUAAUGACGCACGAGACGAUAUCGUCGUCACUUUUCCCGACUCUUCUACAAUUGGUGUUUUUCUAGGAUAUGGUGAUGGAAAUUUUCAAGAUAUGAAAACCUAUUCGACUGACGUUGGAACUAGUCCGUAUCGUGCUGUUUUAAGUGACUUUAAUAAAGACGCUGUAGUAGACAUUGCAGUCUUGAAUCCGGAAAAUAGCAGUAUCAAUGUAUUUUUUGGUAACAGUGACGGAACUUUUUCGAGAAAACUCACAUUACAUAUUGAGUAUGCAUUUGAUUCCUAUUCCAUAGCCAUUGGUGAUUUUAACAAUGAUAAAGAAGAUGACAUUGUUGUGGGCAAUCUUGGCAGCAAUGAUUUAAGUGUACUUCUCUUACAGUACCAGCCUAGUUUUGUAAGUAGUUCGGUUUAUCGCCAAGGAUCUAGUUCACAUCCAUCGUCAGUUACUAUUAGUGAUUUCAAUAAUGAUCAGCAGAUGGAUAUUGUUAUUACUAAUGCUGGCAAUGAUACUGUACAAAUAUUGCUGGGUUAUAGAGAAGGAACUUUUACGAACAUAAUUACUUAUUCAACAGGCAUUAAUGUACAUCCACAGCAUGUAGUUGCGGCUGAUUUCAAUAAGGAUAAUCAAUUAGAUAUCGCCGUGAUUAAUUAUUGGACUAGUGAUCUACGAGUAUUUCUCACUUCUGGUACUGAAACAUCUGCCGUAGCAAGUGAAUAUGCCACUGGAUACAAAUCUUUCCCGAGAUCUAUUGCUGCUGGUGACUUUAACAAGGAUGGCUGGAUUGAUGUUGUUGUUGCUAAUAGUGCUACAAAUAACAUAGGUGUAUUUCUUGGAUUCGAUUAUCCAACAUUCAGAAGUCAUAAUAUUGUUUUACAAAAGCGUGAUUCCAUACCAUACUACGUUGCUAUAGGUGAUUUCAAUAAGGAUUCUCAAUGGGAUAUUGCUAUUGCUUGUCGCAAAACGAACAAUAUAGCUGUGGUUUUGGGAAAAGGAAAUGGUACAUUUGCAAAAGAACAGUUAUAUGCUCUUCCGGUAUCAGCUGAUCCACGAUCAUUGGUGAUUGGUGAUUUUAAUAACGACAAUAUAUCAGAUAUUGCUAUUGCUAAUUCGCGAAAAAAAAGUAUAAGUAUACUUCUUGGUAAUGGUAACGGAACAUUUGCUCCACACAUGUCACAAAAGACAAUCGACGCAUCCCCAGUUUCUAUUGCAGUUGGUGAUUUUAACAAUGAUAGUAGACAAGAUAUCGUUGUAGCCCUUGAAUACGCUAACAGUAUUGGUAUAUUUAUUGGAAUUGGGAAUGGAUCAUUUCAAAAUCAAAUAUCAUAUCAAAUGCCUCGUGAAUCAUCACCAGUAUGGGUUGCUGUUGGUGACUUCAACAAUGAUAAUGUUCAAGAUAUAGUUGUUACCAACUUUUACGGACAUAGUGUAGGCAUACUUUUAGGUUAUGGUAAUGGUUCUUUCACACAUGUAACAGUAUUUUCAACUGGAAACAGUUCUGGCCCAUGUUCAAUUGCUAUUGGAGAUUUUAACAAAGACAAUAGGAUGGAUAUUGUUGUAGCCAAUAGAAAUGCACGAAAUGUUGGUGUAUUUUUAGGUUAUGGUAAUGGAACGUUCUCAUCACAGAUAACAUAUACGACUGGCUCUGGAUCAAUGCUAGUGUCAAUCGCAGUGGAUGAUUUGAACAAUGAUACAGUUCUUGAUAUUGCUAUAUCAGAUUUUCGUGGUGGAAGAGGUAAUAUUGGUGUAUUAUAUGGAUUAGGUAAUGGAAAAUUUUUAGUACCAAAAAUCUAUUCAACUGGUGUUAAUUCAGACCCAUCAUCACUCGCAAUUGGGGAUUUUGAUAAUGAUGGUCGACAAGAUUUUGUCGUGAGCAAUUCGAAGAAGAACAAUAUAGGUAUUAUGCUUCAAGAUAAAAGUGAGCCUUUUGGAAAACAAACGAAAUAUUCUACAGGUGACGAUUCUAGUCCAUUUUCAGUCGUUGUUAGUGAUUUUAAUCAUGAUGAUCAACUAGAUAUUGCUGUUGCAAAUUCUAAGGCAAAUAAUAUUGGUAUUUUUCUCGGACAUGGAGAUGGACGCUUUACACUACACAAAACUUAUUCUACUGAUCUUUAUUCAGCUCCUGUAUCUAUUGCUGUUGAAGAUUUCAAUCAUGAUGAACAACUCGACAUUGUUGUAGUUAAUUCUAAUAAAAGCAAUGUCUGCAUAUUUCUUGGUAAUGAAGACGGAGAUUUUACAUUUUUACAAUGUUAUGUAACGGGACAAAGCUCUGAACCAUCUUCUGUUGCUGUUGCGGACUUGAAUAAAGACAAUCAAACGGAUAUUGUUGUUGCUAAUAGUGGCACCGAUAAUGUGCUUGUUUUCUUUGGACUAGACAACGGAACUUUUUCAAGUCCAAAGUCAUACUCUCUUGAUUAUGAAUCUCAUCCAACAUCAGUUGCUAUUGGAGAUAUUAACAAUGAUACUUUGUUGGAUAUUGUUGUUGCCAAUUACGGUUCGGAUUAUGUGGAAAUACUGUUGCAGACUUGUUGA